GGUACUCAGAGGCCUUGUAUAUCUCUGACCCUGAAGGCCAUAAUUUGUUGCAACUCAUUUCAAGAGUGAUGACCCCUGGAGUUAAAGAAAUGGCUCUUAAAAUGGUAAACCCGAAAGCUCCCUUUUGUGGAAUAUGGUAGAACUGAAUCAAGAUGCAGAAUUUAUUACUGAGUUGAAAGAUUCUUCUCUCUUGAUCAAUAAAAGCAAACAAACAGCCAUGAAAAUUACAAAGUACCUUAGCCAAGAAACAGAUGAUAUUAGGUAGCAUUUAGACUAAGCUACUUUAACAGACUCCAAGUACAGUGGUUUUAAAAAAUGCUUAAUUUGUAUCUAAAAGUUUUAGAAUUGACUUUGGGGUUUUAAGCAUUGUAAGGGACAGGUAAGUAACACCAUGAAGAAAGAGACAAAUUAAGUGUGUACAUUAUACAGUGUUGCUAUUGAAAGUAUGGACCCCCAACAAUUCCUUCCCACUGAGAGCUUAUGAGGCAAAACCUCAGGUCCUGUGCCAGACUUGCUGAACCAAAAUCCACGUUUUAACAAGAUCUUUGAGGUGGCUCAUAUGCAGUGUCCUGAUCUCUUAAAAGUGCUAGCAUCUUAGGAGCGUAUAAGAUGGAAAGACCAGUUGUAGAUGAAAAGAUCCUAACAAGUAACAGGACAUAACCAAUACAAAGUGCAAACCUUGAUUGAAUCUUGAUUAAAAAAUAAAAAUAAAAAAACAACCAGUAUGGAAGAUACUUCUGGGUCAGCUGAAGAGGUUAGAAUAUGGUGGAAUACCAGAAAAGGGAAUUCCUGUUGAUUUUCUUAGAUAUGAGGAUGAUGUGAUUAUACAGAAAAAUGUUUUUAAAAAGAUACAUACUCUUUGCAACUUCCUUUAAAAUAGUUGAGCAAAAACAAACACCCACACACGUGUAUAUAUGUCUCUCUCUAUACACGCUGAUGUUUAGAUAAAAGAAAUAUGUGGAAUCUAGGUGGUAAAUAUAUGGGUGCCUAUUAUAUUGUUCUUUUAACUUUUGUGGAAGUGUAAGUUUUUUCAUAAUAAAAAAAUGGAGGAAAACACACACACAAAAAUGCAGUAGCUUCAAACAAGUUAUUUUUCCCCCAGUAGUUCAGUGCUGGGUCAUAUAGUGCAGGCAGGGCUGGCACACGGCUUUCAUCCCUGGUCUGUUGUGGCUUUUCCCGCUCCUGUUUCCUAGCUAGUGGUAUGGAAAAAUGGCGAGGGGAGCAUAUGGUCUAGAAGCAGCACUUAUUUCCUUGAUCAAAACUUCAGUUUUUUUCAUUCACCUGGACAUCCUAUAGCUAGGGAGUAGGUGGUAAAAGUCAAAUGUGAUGUGCAUUUGUAUAUUUUGGUUUAAGAAAGAUUUCUUUGGUUUCACCUGGUGUUUUCUUCUCUGUUGAUUUCUGAGGCCCAACUAAAAUUGAAAUCAUUUUAAUUUUAAUAUACAUAAAGUACAGUAGCUAAAAUUUUCAUUUUGAGGAUUAAAGUAUAUUCAUCCCCUCCCCACUAAAUCUCUUCAGUAAAUAACAGAUGCGGGUGCAAGAGCCUUCCAAAGCUUUACCCGAGAAAGCCAAAAGAAGUAAAAGGCCUACUUUACCUCGCGAUGAAGACUCUUCAGACGACAUUGCUGUAGGAUUCACUUGCCAACAUGUAAGUCUUGCCAUCAGUGUGAAUCAUGUGAAGAAAGCAAUCGCUGAGAAUGUGUGGUCAGUUUGCUCCGAAUGUUUAAGGGAAAGAAGAUUCUCUGAUGGACAGCCAGUACUUUCCUCUGACGUCUGGUUGUGCCUCAAGUGUGGUUUUCAGGGAUGCGGUAGAAACUCAGAAAGCCAUCAUUCAGUGAAGCACUACAAGAGUUGGAGAACAGAAUCUCAUUGUAUUACAAUUAGUCUGAGCACAUGGAUUAUAUGGUGUUACGAAUGUGAUGAAAAAUUAUCAACACAUUGUAAUAAGAAGGUUUUGGCUCAGACAGUUGAUUUUCUCCAGAAACAUGUCUCUAAAACACAAACAAGUGCAUUUUCUAGAAUCUUAAAACUUUGUGAAGAAAAAUAUGAAGCAGGUGAAAAAAAGAAAGGAAGAAAAGGCAGCAGUGUAACACCAGUGAAAGGAAUCACAAAUUUAGGAAACACUUGCUUUUUCAAUGCAGUCAUGCAGAAUUUGGCACAAUCUUAUAUUCUCUCAGAACUGAUGAAUGAGAGCAAAGAAAGUAGUGCAAAACUCAAGAUUUUUCCUUCUUCAGACUCUCACCUGGACCCAUUAAUGGUGGAACUUUCAAGCCCUGGACCAUUGACCUCAGCCCUGUUCCUGUUUCUUCAUAGCAUGAAGGAGACUGGAAAAGGACCACUUUCUCCUAAAGUUCUUUUUAAUCAGCUUUGUCAGAAGGCCCCUCGAUUUAAAGGUUUCCAGCAACAAGACAGUCAGGAGCUUCUGCACUCUCUGUUGGACGCAGUGAGGAUGGAAGAAACAAAGAGAAUACAAGCUGGCAUCCUAAAAGCAUUUAACAACCCAACUACUAAAACUGCUGAUGAUGAUACUAGAAAAAAAGUCAAAGCAUAUGGAAGAGAAGGUGUGAAAAUGAACUUCAUAGAUCGGAUCUUUAUUGGUGAAUUAACUAGCACAGUCAUGUGUGAAGAAUGUGCAAAUAUCUCCACAGUGAAAGAUCCUUUUAUUGAUAUUUCACUUCCUAUUAUAGAAGAAAGGGUUUCAAAACCUGUACUUUUGGGAAGAAUGAAUAAAUGUAGAAGUUUACAGGCAACAGGUAACAGUCAGUACAGUGACACUGUUACUAUAGAAAAUACUCAUCAACCCAGAGCCACCAAGAACCAGUCUUCAUCUAAAGAUAAGAAUCAACUAGUACAUGGCCGAAAAUAUGUAAGAAAAGUUUCAUCUGGUGAAGAUAGAGCUGCUAUCAUUUGCCGGAAAAAUGAACACCCUGAGAUGAGAGGGGAUUCCUCAGUGUGUGCAGGCGUGGUAAAUACCGAGGCAGCUUUGAACGAAAGCCCAACUGAUGGCAGUGAAAAAGAAGCCAGUCGUUCUGAAAGUAGUGCUGAUGCUGACAGUGAGGCUUCAGAAUCGGAAAGUGCUUCACAGCAGGCUCUCCUGUUGAGGUCUAGAAGUGGAUGCUGUGCGCAAGAAAAUGGACCCCCUCCUCAACUGCUGCCCACCAAGGAGACUGAUAGUGGUGAUGAGGGAGUGGCUAAAGCUAUUUCUGAACUGUAUUUGAGCAGCACUGUAACUGGAGACAGGGAUUUUAACAGAGAAAAUAAGCCACCAAAUGUUCCAGAUAAUUUAUGUUCUUCAGAGGAGAAACAUAUGUUGUCUCCUAGUCCCCAAAAUGCUUUUCAGACCCUUUCUCAGAGCUAUAUAACUACUUCUAAAGAAUGCUCAAUUCAGUCCUGUCUCUACCAGUUUACGUCUAUGGAAUUACUAAUGGGGAAUAACAAGCUUCUAUGUGAGAAUUGUACUGAAAAGAAACAGAAGUACCAAAAGGAAACCAGUUCUGCAGAAAAGAAAGCAGAAGGGGUUUAUACUAAUGCCAGGAAGCAAUUUCUCAUUUCUGCUGUUCCACCUAUCCUAAUUCUCCAUCUUAAAAGAUUCCAUCAGGCUGGCUUAAGUCUUCGAAAAGUAAACAGACAUGUCGAUUUUCCACUUAUUCUUGAUUUAGCACCAUUCUGUUCUGCUACUUGUAAGAAUGUAAAUGUGGGAGAUAAGGUUCUCUAUGGUCUGUAUGGCAUAGUGGAACAUAGUGGCUCAAUGAGAGGAGGUCAUUACACAGCUUACGUGAAAGUGAGAGCGCCCUCCAGGAAAUUAUUGGAGCACAUCACUGGAAAGAAAAAUGUACCUGAUUGGAAAGAACCUGGCGGUGAAUCAGCAGACCAUUGGGUCUAUGUUAGUGACACUUACGUGCAAGUGGUUCCAGAAUCCAGAGCACUUGGUGCACAAGCCUACCUUCUUUUUUAUGAAAGAAUAUUAUAAUUAUUUGUUAAUAAUUAAUGGUAAUGAUUAUUUAGAUUGCUUUUGUUUAAAUGUUUCAAUGAUAACAUAAUAUGCAAUGUGCCUUUGUAGUCUUUUCUGUAGAAAUAGCAUGUCCCUCAAAUACCCUUGACAAUUUUUACCAUUUUUGGUGAAUCCUUUUAAAGUAAAUUAAAUUUAUUCAGUGCUUUCAAAUUUACAUUCUUAAAAUAAAUGUGAACACAUGUUUUUUAAAAAGCAUUUGUCCUGGGAAAAAACCCAGGAUUUGCAGUAGUAGAGGAAACCCCCUUAUAGUAUGGCUUAUUAUUAUGAGAAUUCAGAAAUGAUGCUGGCCAAUCAAAUUGUUCCUUAAAACAGUGUUUACCAAAUGUGAGUCACGUACCACUUUCCUGAUUUCAUAUGUAUGUACUGUUUACUGAUUAUUUUUUUUAGCUUUACAUUUUUAAACAUAGCCUUGCUUUGAGCAUAUUCCACAUUUUAUGUGCUAGUUAUAUUUUUUCUAAUAAACAUGAAAAUAAAUAUAUAA